AGUCGUUCUGUUUUGCUUCCUUCGCGCACAUGCGACAAAUCAACGUGGCUUUUCUCUGGUUUUUGAAAUAAUCUCACUUUGUCAAAUAUAAUGAGACUUUUAUGAGAUAAACAUUAUUCAGAAAUAUCGACAGCAAUCAAAGAAACCGUCUGAGGUCCGAAGAAGCGGUAAGUAACCGAAUAAUCUCGUAGAUAGAGAAACUAUUAUCACAGUGAUUGGGGUCUGUGUGUUCUGCAGCAGUGAUUGAUUUGAGUGUUUCGUUUCUUGAAGUCCUCGAAGAAACAUGUUUGUUGAAGAGGAAGAGUGGAGUGAUGAAGAAGGGGCUCGGGUCCUGAGUAAAACUGUCCUCAGGAAGGAGCAGAAACCUGAGAACAGCAGCAGCUCAGGUGUGAAGGUAGGAGUGGACUCCAGGAGUGUCUCAUGAAAACUGUGUUCAUAUCGGAGAUACUGAGGCUGUGAUGACCCACGGUGGGUGUCAUACAUUGGUGUAAAGCAGUGGUUCUCAACUGGUCUCACUCUGGGACCCACAUUUUCCCAUGGCCCUGAAGUCGUGACCCACUUUUAUAGAAUUCAAAUCAAGCACAUUUAUUUUUUAUAAAGAAAAAAAACCUUUAAAGACUCUAAUCUGUAACAUAAAUCCACAUGUUUUAUUGAAUAAAGUGCAUUUCAGAGCACAUGAAGGGGAAAACAUGAGGACGACACCUACUGAAGUUACAGAAAAUAUCAAACAUCUAAUAAAUAUCGCAUUAAAUAUUAACUUUUUUGACCUGCUCUCGUGACCCAUCCAGAACGUGUCUGCGACCCACUUUUGUGUCGGGACCCACCAGUUGAGAACCACUGAUGUAAAGUAACCUGAACUUUGGUGGACUUUAGAGUUUCUUGUAUCUUCUCGACUGUUUCCUUUUAUCCUUCUAUAGACACUCACUUUUAUUCAAUUUCUGUAAAAAGAGUGUUUUACAUCAACUCAACCUCAUCUUAAACCAAAAGUUCUUUUUAAAUGAAGUUUUUUAUUUUGUUUUAUAUGAUCAGUCAGGUCCAGAGUUUACUGAAUUGGAGGUUAUAUAAUGACCGAGUUGUACAAGGCAUAACAUUCACAGCAGAUAUUUUGCAUAAUGAGUAACAGCAAUUUUUAAUUAUUUCCCCAUUAUCUUUUACAUUGAUUUUUAUUGUAAUUUGCACUUACUAGGGGGUUAUUUUUCUCUGCUUCUGCUACUUUUUGAAUAAAUUAAUAAUCUGCUACUUUUUCCAGCUUAUUCACUAAACACAAAGUUGUUUCCAAGUCUGAUUUGUACAGAAAUUUAACCCUAAGAAAGACAUAGAUAAAUAGUAUAACACCAUAACAUGUUGAACAAAAUCCCCUUAAAAUCUUUUGCUUCUUAAUAACCUGAAUUAAUUUCCCUUCUCAGCCCAGGGCCGUCGGUAAGAAGAGCCUGAUGCGGACUCUGCAGACGCUGGGAUCAUUGCCAGAGUGGAAGAGGGAUGAACAUCAGCAGGACAGUGACAGUGAGACGGACGCAGCCCUGUCACCCAGCAAGAAGAAGAAGAAAAAGAAGAAGCCAAGAAAGAAGAGAAAGCAAGCAGAGACGACGGGGCAGUUUGAAAACGGAGACUUAGAUCAGACUUCAGUAGAAGAGAAGACUUUGACAAAAAAGAGGAGAAAAGACAAUAAAUUUGGUGAGUAUUAAAGGGUUAAAGCUGCUUCAUUAAAAGGGUUUGUAGAAAAUUGAAUUCGCUCUGAAAAGUGAUGACGUUCAUUGAAAUUGACUGUAACUUAUCUCUGCUUUAGGGGACCAGAAGGUAGAAAACACCUGUGCGGGUGAAACAAAGGGUGAAGAAGAUGGAAAGGCAGUCAAAGCAAAUGUAGAUACAGCAGAGGACACAGAGAGACUGAGCAGACAACAGUGGAAAAACAAAAUGAAAAAUAAGAGGAAAUGUAAGAAUAAAUACCGCCAAGAGGAGAAGUCAGAGGAGGAAGUCAAAAAAGCUGAAACUGUGGAAGAACCCAAACCAAAGGAAAAUAUCAAAACAGAUACAAACAACAACAAAAGUGACAAUAACACUCAGACAUCAGCCCCGAAAAGAGGAAAAGAACAUAAAGCAGAGAAAAGAAAGAUGACUGAAGAGGAUGCUGAAGUUUCCUUCACAGCAGAAACACAAACGCACAGAGAAGAAAAAGGGAUCAAAACUCUAAAAGGAUCCAAACAGGAGGAACGUGAACCUAAAGUGGAGAUAACAGCUGAGCCACAGUCACCCGUAAAACCACCAAAACCUGCGCUGAGCAAAGAGCAGAAUCUGAAAAGAGAGAGGCUCCGCAGAAUUCUCCAGAGCCAGGAAAAAGAUCUGCAGCCGAGUCCCGCUGAGCAGAGAGAUGAACCAGCAGCACUAGAACCAGCAGUACCAGAACCAGAGGUCAAACUGGACCGCUCUGCCUCCCUCAGGUCCCGCAUGGAGCAGCGUCUGGAGUCGGCCCGUUUCCGUUACAUCAAUGAAGUUCUGUACAGCACGACCAGCGGCGAGGCCAGGCGGAUGUUCAGACAGGAUCCAGAGGCCUUUGGGAUCUACCACCGAGGAUACACGGCGCAGGUUCAGAGGUGGCCCAGCAACCCUGUGGACUCCAUCAUCUCCUUCAUCCAACAUAAGUGAGCCUUUAUCAUCAGUACUAUAUCCAUCCAUCUUAUCCAACACUUAUUAUCGAGUGUUAUUUCAGUUAUGAUGAAGAAGAUCAGGAUUUUUGUUGGAGUUUUUCAGCUUUUAUUUUAGUGGAUAAAAGAAGAAACUGGAGAGGAGAGAGAGAAAUGAAAGGCAGAGAGUCAAAGUUGAACCUUGGUAACUACGCAGAUGAACAGGUGCUUGAAAAAAAUAGGAUUCAAGUUCACAGAAUCAAAUUUACUUUUUGAAAUGAAACUUUAUCCUCAACAACAUUCAUAAGAGAGAGUAUUUAAAAGUCCAAUCAAACUUUGAGUUGAGCUGCGUCUCAAGGUCUUCUACAGCAGAUGGAGCUGAGUCAGAUGACCUCUUUGUGUUAGGAAGACCUUUAAGCACCAAAUAAACUCUUAAGUCCUUCAGUGUAGUUGCUGAGCUAGCUGGACUGGCUGGAAAAGGUCAUGCGAUUCAAAGUUCAAACAAGCUAGCCCAUGGUCCAACACACUGUUUUAGAUUAAGAUCCUGAAAGUGAUGAAUGAAUCGGUCUCAUAAACUGUGGAGAUGUGUUGACUGUCAUCCUCUUUCCAGUAACAGGAUCUAUAAUGGAGUGAAAGACAAUCAGACAUCUUGAACAUUAAACCAGUAAUUUUGUAUUUGACUCCGCUCAGGAGCGAGGAGUAAUGCUGCAGAUGAUGCGGCUCUGUGGGCGUUUAAUUGCUGCUUCAUUUAGCUGCUGUGAGAGGGUCCCGGAGUAAAUGUCUGCAGUUUAGGAGAUGAAAACACUCAUUUGUGCUUCUGCUCUCUGUGGACUGUAACAGAGAAUUCAUCUCUUCAGAUUAAUUGAGGGGUUUCAUUUAUUCCAGACCUCCCUCUCUGGUGGUGGCGGACUUCGGCUGUGGUGAUUGUAAAAUCGCGCGCAGUGUGAAGAACAAAGUGCACAGCUUCGACCUGGCAGCAACGUGUGAGCUCGUCACAGUGUGUGACAUGGCCAACGUGAGUGUGUACUUGUUUCUACAGUCUGUAUUAUCAUUAUUCUUAUUAUAGCAUUAUUAUACGGUCUUUAUGAAUCUUACAUCCUCUGUGUGCAGGUCCCUCUUCCUGACAGCUCCGUGGACAUCGCCGUCUUCUGUCUUUCUCUCAUGGGAACAAACCUGGCAGAUUUUCUGGCAGAGGCUAAUCGUGUUUUAAAGAUGGGGUAAAUUAUAAUGAUUUUGCACAGUGAGUUAAGUUUCCUGUUUGUACUUUCAUUUAUAUUUUAUAUCUUUACACCGUUUGCACUUUUCCAGGGGAAUCCUCAAAAUAGCAGAGGUGGCGAGCAGGUUUGAGAACGUAAGAAGUUUCCUCACCGCGCUGGCAAAUCUGGGCUUCAAGAUGGUGUCCAAGGUGAGGCAGUGAACGUGGCGUUUUUACUUUAUAAAAAUUGAUCUGUUUUGAAAUUUCACAGAAAUCCCAGUUAUGAUGGAGCCAGAAGUUGGUCUUACUUGUAUCAAUUUUAUGAAGUUUUUCAAAGUAUUUUUAGAGGUAAAUGUGUCCUCUGUUUUCUUUUUAAGAAGUCAGUGUAUUCAGAGAUUCGACUGUUUUUUCUCUCUUUCCUCAGGACACAGAAAACACUCAUUUCUACGCCUUUGAGUGCGUGAAAAUAGGAAACGCUCCAGAGAAUGUGAAGAAGUUUGGACUGGAGCUGAAGCCGUGUGUCUACAAGAAGAGAUGAUUGAAGGAGAGGACUUGAGGAGUUGUACAUUUUUAAUCAAAAAGUUCAUAUUUUCAGUUAUUUUGUUCACAUAUUUCAGACUUUAUGACUAUCUGUAACAUUGUCCAGAUUUUUUCAUAUAUUAGUUUUUCUUUGUUUAAAGAUAAACACUGAAAUAUUCCUCUGUGGUGUUUUCUCUGAAUUAAAAACACAUUUAUAAAUUUA